AAACCAGGUGGGAGGACUGCUCCACCAUUUUGUAGAGAGAGAGAUGGAGAAUGCGAUAUGUGGGAGACUAGCUCUCUCACCCAAUCAUGUUUUCAACUCCAAAUCUAGGGAUAAGCACUCUCUUCUGAAAGGACCAUGCACCAAUCGUAGCUUUCUUAUGGCCAUAUCAGCCUCAGGACCAGGGAAAGGAGGCUUACUGGAAAGGCCAGUCAUAGAGAAAGUGACUCCUGGCCGUGAAUCUGAGUUUGAUCUAAGGAAAUCAAGAAAAAUAGCUCCACCCUAUCGUGUAAUACUGCACAAUGAUAACUACAAUAAGCGGGAAUAUGUCGUCCAAGUACUGAUGAAGGUUAUCCCUGGAAUGACCCUUGAUAAUGCAGUUAAUAUCAUGCAAGAAGCACACUACAAUGGCUUGUCAGUGGUGAUUAUUUGUGCUCAGGCUGAUGCUGAAGACCACUGCAUGCAGCUGCGGGGAAAUGGACUUCUUAGUUCCAUUGAACCUGCAAGUGGUGGAUGCUGAAGACCACCAUUCAGAUCUGUCUGCAUGGUAUCAGAGAUGUACAUAAGUUGGUAAUGGCCAUAUCUGUAUGAAUCUUGCUCAUCCUGUGAUCAGAUAAGACAGGGGAUGCUAGUUGUUUCAAAUAAUGGCUCGAUUAUAGCUACUAAUCAGCUUGCACCCUGUUCUUUUUUUACACAAUCCACAUUCAUUUUUGCACA